GCCCUGGAUUCGCAAAUUUCUGUGUUUGGACACCAACAACUGACGCGACUAUUAAAACUACAAACCGGAUUGUUUUUCCUUGGUUUUUUUUUUUGUGUACUGUGUGUCCGCCAUUGGAAUUUGCUCUGCUGCCAAUAUGACGAACUGCGAUAGAGCGUUUUUUACCUUUGUGCUGGCUUUGUCAAUUUCGUUGUCAACUGCUAUAUUUUACAACCAAUCUACACUGGAAGACAUGUACCAGGAGGGUACUGACAUCUACGGCGAAGCUGAACACCAAUGGAGUAUGAGCGAUGGGUACAAUGAAAUGCUUGGUGUUAGCGGAAUGAAAGUCUGCUUCGUGGAAGGCCCAGAAGUUGAAGCUUUGAUUCUCGGUGGUGACAACAACUCAACUAACAGUACCUUGCAGCUACAGGACAGCCAGGAAGAUGCAAUAAGUGUACCCAAAGAGCCCUACACAGUGGCUUUUUGGUACAGCUUUCGUCCGACGGACUUUUUGGAUGAACUGAAUACCUCCAUGGCCUGUGACCUGCUGAAAAUUGGAGAUUCCAUAUCAGUCUCCUAUGACGGAGGAGAACACGACUACAACUUGAAGUAUAAGUUCUGGAAUUUUGAAAUAGAUGAUAGCAUUGAAAAGCGCCCUCACAUGGAGUUCCAAGUGAACGAUACCAAUGGAGGAACAGUGAACCGUUCAUGGCAGUGGAAUCACGUGGCCAUGGUUUAUAAUGAAACGACCCUGAUGGUUUACUACAAUGGUUACCUUCGCAAUAAAAGUGCCAUCCGAACUGAUGACCAGUCAGUUGAUCCUGCUAAGCAACUGUACCUUAAUGCAGAAUUGCAGGGUAAAACAUGUAGCAUGUUGGGUAUUGAUGAGGUAACCAUAUGGGAUAAGACCUUAUCAGAUGAGGAUCUUCUUGCAAUACGUCUUCAUGUUGGUCGCAAUCGCUCCCUGGAUGAAGAUGAGGAAACCACGACAGUUGAUACAACAACACCCCUUCAGACCACCACUGAAGAGCUCACUACCACUGAAGAGCCCACUACCACUGAAGAGCCUACUACCUCUGCAGAGCCCACUACCACUGCAAAGCCAACUACCACUGCAAAUCCCACGACAGCUGGAGCACCUGACCUUACCGAUAGAAUGACCACACCUACCAUGGCCACCACGCCCAUGACCACCGUGCCCAUGACCACCACGAUUGCUCAAAGCACUGCAGUUACUACAGAUGAACCCACAACUGUGACCCCAGAAAAAACAACAGUCGAAACUACUGGGGUGACGAGUGAUGCGACAACCCCUCAGGCGACUACCCCUCAGGUAACCGGUGAAACUAUCGCAAAAGCUAGCACAACAGUCACUAGCAGAGAUGCCAUAACGACGUCCCAGCCUGAUUCUACAGUGCCUGAUACCACCACGAAAAUGACUACCCAGAAGAUUAGCACAGGGGGCGUGACGACCAGUGAACAGGGGACCACAAUGCCUACGGAGAAGUUACCUACGACAGGAACAUUUGCUACAUUGAGUAUGAAAGCACAGAAGGUGGAGGCUUUAGGAAAGAAUGUAACUAAUACGACAGAUUCUGCAGAAAUUGUUGUCCUCAUCAAAGAUAUUGAAAACAUCGUGGAGAAUGCAAAUAGUGAGGAAACGGCCCAAAUCGCAGGAAGUGUUAUUUCCGUGAUGGAUACAUUGUCAACAUAUACACCAGCUGAGGAGAACACUACCAAUGAGACAGUUGCUGUCAGACAAAACUACAGAAAAGCUUAUGUGAAUCUUUUCUCAUCGGUGCUAGUGAAGGCAGAUGAAGAUGAGUCGAUUGCCCUGGAUGCUGAAAAGCUGGUUGACAUUAUGGAUGCAUUCUUAGAGACCUAUGUGGACGAUGAUACUAUUGUAGAAAAUGAAUUUCUUGAAAGUGAAGCUGUUGAAAUAAAGUUGAUGAUAGUUGGUCAAAAUCUGGAGGAAACUGUGGGCGACACAACUGUGGAAAUACCCUCUGAUGCUUUUGGUACUGAUACAAACCUCAAGGUCUUGGUGUGUGUUUUGGCCAAAGGGCUUCAAAAUCGUCUGGAGCCGAAGGAGGGUGAACAACCUGUUUCAGUAGAAGGUACUUACUCCAAUUCGACCAAAUGGAAUAUAUCAGGUCCUAUCGUUGUUAUGAGGGUCUCUGGGUGGACCCCUUCUUCUGAUGGUUCAUAUCAACUCACCAGACUGGUCUCCUUUAAAGUUCAAGUCGAUCCGAGCCUCGGUACAAAUCCUGCUUGUGUAUACCAAGACCAACAGGGGAGCUGGUCAGGAAAGGGAGUGAAUCAGAUCAAGUUUGACCCCGUUAAAAAGACUGUUACCUGCACAACUAGUCACAUGACCAACUUUGCUGUUCUUAUGGCUGUGGACGGUGGGGCUACCGGUACUCAUGCACAGGUCUUGUCGAUCAUCUCCAUGGUUGGAUGCGGAUUCUCCUUGGUCUGCCUUCUCAUUGCAAUCAUCUUAUUCAUCGUCCUCAGGGAGCUGAAUUCCACUCGUAUGGGAAUUGUGAAGAACUUGUGUGUGGCGCUAUUUUUAGCUCAGGGACUGUUUGUAGCGGGCAUUGAAACUGCAACAGUGAAUGAGACUGCGUGUAAAUUCGUUGCUGCUAUGCUGCACUACUUCUUCUUGGCGGUCAUGGCCUGGAUGCUGUGCAAUGGAAUCUACCUAUACCUGAAGGUUAAGAAGGCGGCUAGGCCUGGCAGCGUGGUGGACCUCAUCUACUUCUGUUUCCUGGGAUGGGGGGUGCCAGCCGUGGUGGUAGCUAUAACUGCAGGCAUUGAUCACAGUGUGUAUGGAUCCCCAAAUUUGUGUUGGCUGUCUGUAGAAGAGAACGGAGUUUGGGCGUUCGUCAUCCCAGCUAUGGGAAUUAUUUUAUUCAACGCAUUUGUGAUGUUUCUGACAAUGAAAGCCUUUGUCUCCGUCAAAGUGUUUAAGGACAAGAAUGAUAAAGACAAGUUCAAGUCUGGUCUGCGUGCCAUGGUGGUCAUGUUACCCAUCUUAGGUCUCUCCUGGGUGUUUGGCCUUUUGGCUUUUGAUGACAGUGCUCUAAGCCUCAUGUUCAAUUACCUCUUUGCUGUGUUCAACUCCUUGCAGGGUGUGUUUCUUUUCGUCUUUCACAUUCUACUCAACGAGGAGGUGAAGGGAGCCAUGCGUCGUCGCUUCGGGAAAGUAGGAGCGUCUGGGGAGGAGAACAUGCUCUUCAACAAGAUCUGGGCUUUCUCCUCUUCGGGCAAUGAGAAGACUGAAAUGUCCUCGGUCACCCAACAUGACAAAAAAAGAGGAGCACCGGUCUACAAGAACUAAAAUAAUGAGGUUGAAUAGAAGUCAUCACCAUGACGAUGCUAUUAAUAUUUGGAAUCAGAAUCAAGAAUCAUCUCAGAAUAACUGAUGUUAGUGACGAAUUACACCAUAUGUUUACCGGUUCAAAAGUCGGCAGGCAAAAAAGUGUACACAGGCCCACAGAAGAUAGAUAAAGCAUUCUGCCUUUGACAGGAAAAAAUGUGUGUGAAAUUGUACCAACUUUUAAAAUGGAGUUAGUAAAGGUUUUUCUCAAAUCUUAUAUUCCGCUUGUAUUUCUACCACACAGUAUUCUGUCUUAAGUCUAAAAGUUGUACACAUUUUUGCAUAAACUAUGCAAACAUUUACAUGCUGGGACAUAAACCUGUGUGCUCAUGAUGGCGUCAUCUGAAAGAGAUGUGGAUGAGUCUAUAAAACUAAGAGAAUAUAAUAGCCUUCUUAAUUAUUCACCUCAAGCCAAAAUGAUAACUUCUUUUUAUCUCAUAGAAUUAUCAACAUUUAAAGGUUAACAAAAAUUAUCAAUAUUAUAUAUUUAUUUGUAUAGAUUAAUAUUUAUUUAGAAGUUGAAGUCCACAUUGGUAUGAUAUCAUGAAUAAUUAUUUAUAACUUAUUCUUUAUGUUUCAGUCGUGAAAUUUUAGUCAUUACUUUGUCUGUGAAAAAUAUUCAUGGAUUCAAUGUGGCAUUCUGAAGAAUCUGACAAGUCCAUUUUCCUUUUGUGCUGUAAGUAUUAUAGAUGUAUAACUAUAUUUUGAAAAUUGUUGUUGUUAUUUAUAGAGAGAUGAUGUGGUCUAUUUUAACAUUAAUCAUGUACAUAAAAUAUGUUAUAGAGUGAGCAACCGCAACAACAGCAACAGCAACAACAACAACAACAACAACAACAACAACAACAAAAAGCUAUCUUUAAGAAUUCGUGUUUGUAAAAAUCUUCAACUGACAAAGAACAAUUUACAGCGUUCGAAAAGUGUUGCUCGAAAAUAGCAAUGUAUAAAAUGUUUGCUCGUUUUGUUAGAAGUUCACAGUCAUUUUUUGGUUUUGGAUUCGGGAACUUUACAAGGGGAGAUCUUCAAAAUAAAUUGAGCCCCAGGCACACAUCCCCCACACACAAACACCGAAAACUGGAAGGUAGCCAUGAUUAUUGGUAUGUUGCAAGCGGGGAGCAAGAAAUAGGGGCUACUGUUAUGUAAUUGCAUAAGAAUAAAGUUUUACAAAAGAAAAAGACAAUUUCAACAAUAUAGAAUCAUAGUCGUCGAGAGCACUGUAGGGAGAGGGUCUGGACCCUCGAGGACUAACCCCCUGAAUCUGCGCCUGCGUCUAGAGGGAGAGUGGUCAGAAUGGAUCCAGAGAGGUGGGUGGGGCUGAGAGUCACUGACAAUUAUGAGGCUAUAAGAGAGUCCGCCCUCCUCUUCUGUGCGUCUAGAUGUUUACUGGCAGUCGAUAAAAAAUGCGAGGGUAGACCUAGAGCGGUCCCCUGUCUUACGAGCUUCGAAUAGUGACCUCAGAUAUUCAGGCUAGAGUAGACCCCUUCCGCAGUCUCUUGAGAGAAAAUUAUCUGGGUGUUGUUGAAAAACCUUUGCCCCAGGAGUCGUACGGUUGGCCAAAACGGCCUAACUCAAAUAUUAUGUUUUCUUGUACAUUUCUGGGUAAAUUGACGUCGUUUUUCAAAUUGUUAAGUAUCAAACGCAUAGGGCCCAUGUGAGUUAUAACAUAUCCUAUCUCGGCCGCUUUUUACAUUCAUCCUUUUUUUAUGGCAAAACAGCUCAUCUCUGUUCUUGCUUUUCUCAAAAUGAAAUUUUUUAAACCAGGCGGUUUUGCCUUGAAAGGGCCGCGUGCUGUAGGCUCUAUGCCUUCAUCCUCGUUGAGGAUCACAGGUUGUUCUUUGAAACACCUUUGGCCGACACUCGUCGGGUAAUUAUCCGUUCCCUCUCUCUUAAAAGGCAGUGGACACUAUUGGUAAUUGGUAAUUGUCAAAGACUA